AGGCUAUUUAAGCACAUCACAUGCCUCGAAGGCAAAAGCAACUCACAAUGGCCUCCUCUUCCUCAUUGUUUCUCCUUGCCUUCCUUCUUGCCCUGACCUCAUGGCAGGCCACAGCCUACGACCCUAGCCCUCUUCAAGACUUUUGCAUCGCUGACAUGAAGUCGCCUGUGAGAGUAAACGGGUUUGCUUGCAAGGACCCAAUGACUGCCACCCCCGACGAUUUCUUCAAUGCAGCCAUGCUCGAUCAGGCUAGGGAUACUAAGGCCAGCAAGGUCAGGUCCAACGUCACAAAUAUCAAUGUCAUAAAUUUCCCAGGCCUCAACACCCUCGGCAUCUCGUUGGCACGCAUCGACUAUGGACCAUUGGGUGUGAACACACCACACGUACACCCCCGUGCCACUGAGCUCUUGACCGUGCUUGAGGGAACACUCUACCUUGGAUUUGUCACAUCCAACCCAAACAGACUCUUCUCCAAGAUAGUUAAGAAGGGUGAUGUGUUCGUGUUCCCAAAGGCCAUGAUCCACUUCCAAAUGAACCUGGCGCAUGACAAGCCAGCAGCUGCAUUGUCCUCGCUCAGCAGCCAAAACCCUGGGGUUAUUUCUAUUGCCAACGCAGUGUUUGGAUCCAAGCCACCGAUUUCAGAUGAUGUUUUGGCAACGGCAUUUCAGGUGGAAAAGGAUCUGAUACAUUGGCUCCAAUCUCAGUUUUGGGAGAAUAACAACUACUAAUAAUUCUCUCAUGUUUGCAUCCAUGGAAAGUUAAUAUGUAUUCAUAUAUGUAAUAAAUGGCAUGCAAGUGAUACGUAUGCAUGCCUGCGAGCUGUGAGAGUUUUUCUAUACCCUUUGAAUCACGAAAAGAUAUAUCUUUUCUUUUGUCGAA